AUGAAAAGUGUUUUACCAAAGAUUAAUCAGUUAUUAAUUAUUUUCACUGUUGUUCAUCGUUGUACCGAAGGCCUAAAUACUUCAAUGUCCAAACUUAUAGGAUUAAUAAGUCACCAGACUGAUAAUGGAUUAUUACACGUAUUUGUUCCAGGGAAACAUCCUGAUUUGGUAAUUGAUCAGCGUAAAAUACCGAAUGAUGAACGACACUUUCAUAUUGGUGAUUUUAUAUCAUUUUAUAUCAUCAAUGGUUCUGUCACUUCACCAACUCGGACAAGUAAAUUGUUCGAAACACGUCUUCUAAACAAUGUUUUACAGGUAAAAGUUUCGGUGAUAUUUCCCCCAGAAGAACUCUUUGAACGAGCCAAUUCCACCGCAUUUGCAGCCCCUACUAAAAAAAUGCUUGCUUGGUCGCCUGACUUUGCAUUUGUUGGUUGCUCUCCCAAUAUCGUCAAGACAUUAUGUCGAAACCAGAUGUAUAAGGCUUGGAUUAAAAGAAUCCCUGGGAUGGUCCAAAAUAUUGCUGGUGUGUUCGUGUCAUGGCAAAUAGUGGGCGAUGUUGUGGAUGAAUGUGAUGAGCAAAGCAAGCAACUUAUCAAAAGAGCGCCAUGGAAUCGCGAAGAAAGCAGUCAAUAUUUCCGAACUAUUUUUUGUCCUGAUCGUCCACACCAGAUGCGACAAAAACCAUUUCGCAAUCGACAUUCUUUCGCUGCAUCACUGAAAAAAUAUACAGAUAAUUACGAAGGAUUAGUAACAGCAGUACAUGAUUCAGACGCAAAAGUGUGGUCUUUGGCAAUACCACACAGUGAGGUGAAGCUACAAGUCAAUCUAGAGUACAAUUGGGUGCCAGAUCAGUCGAAUCAUUCACCGUACCCACGUCCCUAUCUCAAUUGUUAUUUACAAGGAAAAAAAUUCGAAAUAAUUGAACCAGUGCUUCCAACAAAAGCCUUCAAGGACACAGUUCGAGUACAAAUUUGGACGACCAUUGCGGUUGAUAGUUUAAAAUAUUAUCCAACUGGUGAAGUAACUGUUGAGACUGAAACACUUGGAACUGUGGAAUUUGGACCACGAAAAUUUCGGCAGGAUUACUGCAGUAGACAUCUGUCUUUGAUCAUCAGCAAAAUCAUGCCAUCUGAGCGAACUGGUGCUGUUUGGCAAGUAUUUUGCGUGAUAAAUAAGGGAUGUAUGGAAUUCAUGCAAAGUUUGCGUUCGGUUGUAAAAUUUUCGAAUAAGAAUGACAACAAUCCUUCUCAGGAAUUUCUUUCCACGAAAAAAAAUGAAUGCAAUGCGAAAUUUGGAACAGAUGAUAGUUAUCAUUUCAAUGAAAGUCAGCAACAGGGAUCAGGUCUUUGUCAUGAUUUAACGAAAACUGGUCAGAAAGAAGUUGACAAUGACUUUUAUUCAGACUUUUCAUUUGGCAAUGGUGAUGCGGAAAAUCUGAAAACGAAAGACGAAUAUGAUCCUCUGAAAGAGCCUGUUUUCGGUGCUGUAGAGCCUCAUGUUCUCCAAAUCAAUUCGCCAGUAUUUGGCAAGGACACAGAUAAGCUCGGCGCGCUAGGCAAUCCCAGCACUGGUCUAAAUGAAGAACUCUCUGAAGAUGAGCGGGAAGAGAUACCAGAAGUUCGUCGAAAAAUUACGGAGGCAGACAAAAUGUAUACUUUUUCAUGA